AUGGAUCAGUUCCAGGUAUAUUACAAGGUUUACGGGAAGGACGGGGGACAGGGGACUAAGAGGAAGGCCUCACCAACAACAUUUUCCCCAAAGAAGGCGAAGGUGUCCGAUGACGUUGAAACAUAUCCCUCUCUGCCAACAGUAACAUGGGACCGACUUCAGUUGAUUAAAGAAAUUGGAGCAGGUGAUUAUGGAACUACCUCCCUUUACAACCUCACCCUGGAGAACGGAGACAUUACUGAAGUAGCUGUCAAAGUUCUCCAUAACGACACCCCAGUAACCUGCGAGGCCAGAGUGCUGUAUGAGUUGGCUGGGGCAGGAGGCGCCCCCCUCUUAUACGGCAUCACCUCUGACCCACCAGCAAUAGUAAUGGAAUUUAUCCAUGGUGUGCCAUUUUCCGCGGUCGACCAGAAAGAAGACGCAUAUGAGGCCACUGUCGACGCUGUUUACGAGUUCCAUGCCGCUGGAUUCUGCCACCUCGACAUCCAUCCCGGUAACAUUAUCGUGGACACCUCAACGUCACCAUACACUGCCCACCUUAUUGAUGUUGGUGGCAGUGAAAAAAUCCCUGCCGACACCACUGAUGCCAACGAUCUAAAGGAAAUGGACUGGACCUGUAUAUCAAUCAUCUACGACGACAUUCACUGCAGCGAUUGA